CUUCCAAACAAUUUGCUGAAGAAGUCUUGAAAGCACACAAUGACUACAGGAAGAAACACGGAGUCCCCCCGUUAAAACUCUGCAAGAAGUUAAACAGAGGAGCCCAACAGUAUGCAGAAGAACUGGCUACCACGAGGGUUCUCAAACACAGCUCUGAGUCUGCUAAUGGAAAAUGUGGAGAAAACCUAGCAUGGGCAUCCUAUGACCAACCAG